CCUGGAACAACGCAUCCUGCCCGCCACCUUUAACGCAUGCCGCCGUACACUCAGUGCCGUACCGCCAUUGCCGUACGUAACCGCCAUGCUUGACGCGCUGUUGGUGAUUCUGACGUCGGCGGCGGGUUCGUCCACCGGGGCGGUCGGGGCUUCCGCCAGCUUUGCGGCAGUUACUGACCCAUGGGUCAUGCCUGGGUCGGUGGGGACGGCGGGCGCUUCGGCUGCAUGGGAUAUUAAACUGCCGUACGAGUUGUGGCUUGCCGUAUUCCGUGCUAGCUACCGUCGUAUGGAGGCUGACAUGCCGCAGAAAGCAGCAUUGAUCACAGCUGCCAGCGCCGAUGCAGACGUUAGCCCUGCGGACGCCGUCUUGAGCAACGCCACGGACAGUUCAAUGAAAAGCGCCACAGCUGGCAGUACAAACAAUGAAAAGGGGCAGCUGCAAGCUCCCCCCUCACGACUCAUUCAGCAGCAGCAGCAGUUCCUCUCAAGCCCCGGCCCCACCGAUUACGGCAACAACGCAGUAGCAGGUACGGCAUCAGCGUCUGUGGGGCUGUACAACCCUGGCAACAUGUCGUACGGAAGUGCUGGUAGCAGGGGAGCUAGUGCUGCUGGUGGCGGCGGCGGUGUCGUACAACAGCCGGACGAUACCCCAGUGGGUGCCGUACAGUUGGUCUCACUCGCCUACUCGCUCGCUCGCCACCCUCCGCCCCGGCCUCCGCCCCCUCGCUGGAUGCAGCUGCUGCUGCUGGGUAUCGAGGCGGACGUGGGCAGUCUGGACGCGCGGCGCUGCGCCGACCUGUGUGUGGCCCUGCAGCGGCUGGGCUGGGUGCCGGGGGGCGCGUGGAUGCGGCGGUUCGGACUGCAGGUGGAGCUCAGUCGCGCGCUGACGGAGCGGGCGGAGCACUCGCUGCUGAGUGAGGCGUGGCUGGGGCUGCGCAGGAUGC